GAAUGCGGUUGUAGCCCAUAAACCAGGAGGAGCGCGUCCUGCCUUCGGUAGCUGGUGUUGACUUUGUUCUUCCGUUGUUAUCUUAGUUUUUAUUCUUUGGGUUUAAUUAAAUUCAACUUGACCUAAACAGCUGUCAUGGGAUGCGAUGGAGGCACUAUCCCCAAAAGACACGAGCUUGUCAAAGGACCCAAAAAAGUAGAGAAGGUGGAUAAGAGCGCGGAGCUGGUGGCGCGCUGGAACUACUGCGCCCUGAGCCAGGAGAAGCUCAGACGUCCCAUAGUUGCCUGUGACCUGGGCAGGCUGUACAAUAAGGAUGCUUUGAUUGAGUAUCUGCUGGACAAGUCUGCAGAGAGACCCAAUGCCGAGGCCGCAGCUCAUAUCCGGGGGAUCAAGGACGUGAAGGAGCUGAACCUCACGGACAACCCGGCCUGGGAGGGGGACCACGGCGACGCCAAGGGCGACCGCUACGAGGAGCUGCGCUGCGCCCGGUUCAUCUGCCCCGUGGUGGGCCUGGAAAUGAACGGCCGACACAAGUUCUGUUUCCUGCAGACCUGUGGCUGUGUGUUCUCCGAGCGCGCGCUGAGAGAGGUCAAGACGGAAAUCUGCCACAAGUGCGGCGAUCCCUUUCAGGACAGCGACGUUGUGAUCCUCAAUGGCAGCAAGGAAGAAGUCGAGAAGCUUCGCCAGAGAAUGGAGGAGAAGAGAGCUAAGGCCAAAAAUGGGAAGAAGUCCAGGAAGAGCAAGGCAGCCGCGACGGAGACGGAGAAGGGCAUGAAGCCGGGACCCUCAGAAGAAAACCACAGCUCUUCCCUGUCCACCACUGCAGUGCAGAAGCCAGAAUCCCAGAAAGAAGCAGGAAGCACUUCUUCAGCCCCUGGGCUGCCGGGCACAGCCACCUCCAGCAGAACCGUGAAGCCCGGAGCCGGUGCUGGAGCCAAAAGGCCGGUCCCGGCCGCGGAGAAGUCCGAAGCCUACAAGUCUCUCUUCACCUCCCACAGCUCGGCCAAGCGCAGCAAGGAGCAGAUGUCCAACUGGGUCACCCACACCCCCUACCACUUCUGAGCUGCCAGCUGGCACGCCCUCUCGGGGGGGGUGCUGAGAGAUGACCCGGGACAGCCGCCACCCCUCCGCCCCCCAUACACACACACACACACCCCGAGUUCUCUUCGCCCCCUUCACAACCUGAAGCAAAGACUUGACACCGUUCUUCAGUCCUACAGCAGCAGGACCUGGGAGGACAACAGGACUGCUGUGGCACGCCGACUCGUCAUCUCGGGGUUAUAGAUGAACACAUUGACCCAGCCGUAGCCGAAAGAAAUUACUGCAACAGAAUAAUGCCAGUUUUUUUUUUUUACUAUUUCCAGCAUUAUUAUUAAAUAUCUAGGUAAACACCCUGAUGCUAUCUGGGCCUUUUGUUCUCUGAAGAGCAUGUGGCUUGGUUUUAAGACAUAAUAAGUUAAAGACAUCUUUGUUGUUGUUUUUUUAUAGAAAAAUUGCUCUUUAGCUCUGUCUUGUCAUUUUAUAGCACAUGAGAUAUUGCAAAGCAAAAGGGCUAUUUACCAGCAGGAUCACUAACAUCUGGGAUCUUAACUUUCCACUGCUGUACUGAUCUCAUUUGUUUUUAAGCCUGAAAUCUUUGGAAAUAAUCUAGAAAACAUAACUGAAUCUUACCAGACUUGUUAUUGUUGGUACAAGGCUGUGCUGCAUUACAAAACUGCAGUGUGUGAUUACUGCAGCUAAUAACAUACAAGAUUAAUAAGGACACAGGAUUUGAAACAUCUUGGCCUGGUAGUUUGUUCUGAAACCCGUGAUGCUGUGGCAAGAAGCCCCUUUUGUUUUCGUUCCUGAAUGCAUUUCCUCUUAGUGCCUUGCUGAGAUGCACAGUAUCGCUUUCAUGUCCGCAUUUGUAUGGACAUUUUCUAUCUCCUCGUGAUGCAAGCCUGUUGAUUUCGCGAUUUCGCGAUUUUCGAGAAUGAAUAGAGCUUGGUUUAAAAAAGAAAAAGAAAUCGGAAGAAAAUGCAACAGUUUUUGUAGUUAUUAAAUAAUAUUCAGCUAA